UGAUUUUAGUUUAUAUAUAAAUAUUUGUAAAAACAUUGAAUUGAAUGCAAUAGUGAUGUCUAAUGUUGUGAUUCGUGUGAUAUCCGAAAACCGUAAAUAUCUUGAGGACAGUGACCAACACCCGCACUACGAGUCGACCGAAAAAGUCAAAUAUGUUUUGCCGGGUGAUAACAUUACCGAUGACCACACCUUCAUGCGAGGUCACGGCACGUAUCUCAGUACCGAUAAACAGUUGGUCGCAUCGAUCGCCGGCAUCGUUGAGCCAAUCAAUAGACUGAUUAGUGUCCGUCCAUUGAGGACCCGAUAUAACGGUGAGAUCGGCGAUGUCAUUGUCGGUCGAAUUAUUGAAGUGCAACACAAAAGAUGGAAAGUGGAGACUAACUCACGACUCGAUUCCGUCUUACAGUUAUCGGGUGUUAAUCUUCCCGGCGGUGAACUCAGACGUAAGACCGAAGAGGACGAGAUGGCAAUGAGAAACUAUCUGAAAGAGGGCGACAUUAUAUCGGCCGAAGUCCAGAAUAUCUUUGAAGACGGAGCUCUUGGACUUCAUACAAGAAGUUUAAAGUAUGGAAAGUUAGGUCAGGGAGUGAUGGUUCGGGUGUCGCCUUCAUUAAUAGAGAGACGUAAGAACCACUUCCAUAAACUACCGAUUGGUGUCAGUGUUAUAUUAGGCAACAAUGGCUUUGUGUGGAUAUCAAAGAUUAUUGAUGAAUCUGGUGGUCAUAUCAUUGAUUAUACUGAUGUCUCACUUGAAGACAGAGAAAAGAUCGCUAGACUUCGUAACUGUAUUAUUGGUUUAGCUAAACAUAAGGUUAUGCUUAACGAUACCACUGUUAUAUAUGCCUACGAUAUAUCAUCUCAAUUAGGAUAUCAUCCGAAAGAUUUAUUAAUGCCUGAAGUCAUGGUUUUGGUGGCGGAUCAGACCAAACAAAAAGUGUAUCAAUUGGAGGGAAUGGACAUCACUUGAUUUGAAUGAUUGUUAAAUCAUUAAAUUUAGUUAUAAUUUCCAUUAAUUUUUGACAAUAAAA